AUGUCCACAGCAAGGGAGAGACCUGACGAGGUAGGCAAGAAGAUCAAGAGAGAGUCGACUGCGGAUGUUAGUCUCGAUCGCAUGGCGCAACGGCCGCCGCUCGGCCCCGCGGGUGGAAUGCUGUCGACGGCACUCAACACCGUCACCCCGUGCGCCGCUUGCAAGUUCAUGAGACGGCGGUGCACUCAACAGUGCCCCUUCUUUCCUUACUUCUCCCCUCAUGAGCCGCAAAAGUUCGCGUCCGUCCACAAGGUCUUCGGUGCAAGCAAUGCCUCCAAGAUAUUAUCGGUGGUUCCUGAGAGCCAAAGAGCCGAUGCGGCGAAUACCCUCGUGUACGAAGCGAACAUGCGACUACAAGACCCGGUCUACGGUUGCACGGGUGUGAUCUUGGCUUUACAACAACAAGUGCAAGCCUUAGAGGCGGAGCUCGGGGCGGUGAAGGCGGAGGUUUUGAAGUACAAGUAUAGGCCGACAGCGGUGGCCACCGCAACUAUUCUCCCGCCAUCGACGUCUCAUGCUGCAGCUUUUCUCGCCACAGCUGCAGGACUGUCGGUCACAGCCCCGCCCCCGCUCGCGACCGCAACUCCUGCUCCCGCAUCGUCCUCUUCGUCCAUGUACACCGCCGCGUCGAGCUCCACCGACUAUAGCUCCGUCACGAAUGAGAAUGCGCCUUACUUCGGUUGA